GAAAUUUCGAUAGCAACGGUAAACAUUCCAUUGCAGCUGAGUUUUUUCUCACAAUCUCUUCUUUUUUAUGAAUGAACUUUCUACCUUAAUUAAUAAAUUCCAGUUUAAAUGGAUAUAAACUAGAUCUGAAGUUAAUUUAACUAUAAAUACAUUUUAUUGAGAAGCGUAUUAAAUUGUGAUUUUUAUUAAAUUCUUGAACAAAACCGAUUAUCGUUCUCCCAGACCAUGGCAGAGGUACCAGAAGUACAUAUUAUUGGGCAAGUCGUGGGUGCUAGUGGUUUUCCAAAUCACAAUUUGUUCUGUAAAUGGUCUAUACACUCUGGUGCAGCCUGGAAAAAAUUAGCCGGUUUAAGAGAAGGCCAGACUCAAGUUGACCUGCCUCAAAACGAAGAAAUGGCCUAUUGGCUUCAUCCAAUUGACGUUCAUUUUGCAACAAAGGGCUUACAAGGCUGGCCAAAGUUUCGAUUUGAAGUUUGGCACCAAGAUAAUUACGGCAGAGUUGAUUUGUUUAGUUAUGGUUUCUGCCAUAUACCCACAACUCCAGGAAUGCACAAGAUAGAAUGUCCUACUUGGCGACCAGCCGGAACUUGGCGUGACGAUAUUACUCAGAUGUUUCUUGGGGGUGGUCAUCAAUUACUUAGAGACGACACUGUAUCCAACGUAGCUGAAAGAAUUCACUUAAAAACUGAAACUAUGGGUAAAGUCCACUUAGAAAUUGGUGUUAUCUUAAGACGCUUUAGUAAAUACGGAAUUGAGUGUUAA